UGGAGCGAAGUGGUGUGGAGUAGUUUAGUGUUAUUAGCAUAUGUGGAUAUCAGUAUUAGAGUGUUCUAAAUGAUCGUGAUUAACAAGCAAUAUUAUUCUGUUACUGAAAUACUGCAACGAUUGUUUAUAAAACCACCGUGCGGCGGUUUAAUGAGACGAGAAAUGUUGUAAACUUACUUUAUCCGUAACACGUGUUUCUGAACUCCAGUCCUGUGCUUCCGGUUUGAACGAACGUUCUAGAAAUAAUCAAGGCUGAAGCAGAAUAACAUCACAUCGCUGACAUGCGAAGGAGCUAGGAGCUAGCAAACAUUCUGCUGAUAACAACGGUGAAACAGAAGCCUUGGGUCUGUCUAGUGUCUCUGGUAUCAGGAUAACUUGCAGACUCGUGAGCCCAGUAGCAGGAGAUUGCUAACAGAUUCAAAAUUUGGCAAGUCUUCAGUGUCUGAUUGUCACAUGCGCACUGCUGAGGAUUUUACAUAUCACUUCGAGGAUAUUUACCAACUCGAUGAAUUCUUUAUACUCUGAAAGAUUAUGAGACAUGUCAGAAAAUGUAGCACAAACAAAUAUCGUAAGAGUUAUUAGUGAAUGUUUUUUUGUAAAACACAACAUAGUUGAUUUUGUUACGUAUUUUAUGUAAUAAAUUAAAUUACAUAUUUGAAACUCCAACCCUCAAGACAACUGAGUAUUCAUGUUCAGAAACUGAAAAUGUGAAGUGACGGACAGACAAUGUAGUCUGCUUCAAAGUGUACAGCAGCCGAACUGCAAAACAAAGCAAACUUUUUUAAAUGUAUUUGCGAGUGAUAUGCUAAAAGUGAUAUUCGUGUCAGAAUAUCAGGAUUAUAGAUAGGCUUAUAGGUAUAGGUUAAUAUUACGAAUCUCAUUAAAAAUGUAUAAUGGCUUACCAACACAGUAAAAUCGUGAAUUUGCAAGUGAAAUUUUGAAAGUGAUUUCAGUGUUAGGAUCUCCGGAUUUAAGAUGAGUGACUUUGACGGUGUUACGAUGGAUAAUAUUGAGGAAAACAGUCUGAAAGGAUUUGCAGACAACACGAGCGUGCACAAAGAAGUGGAAUGCUUGUUGAAAGGACUGGAGUCUGAUGACAGCGGCGAAGGAGGGUCGAUCUUCUGUCCACCCUCUUACGACACACUCCUCUGCUGGCCGGAGACACAGGCUGGCACGCUAGCAACCCUGCCGUGUUUUGAAGAACUGAAUGGCAUUAAGUACGACACAAAUCAGAACGCCAGCAGGUUCUGUCACAGCAACGGCGAAUGGGACAAUUACACGAAUUACAGGACGUGUAUCGAUGUGCCGCUGGAAGGGCAGACCGAGACUGGGGUAGAGAUGGCGACAACCUUAUACUUCAUCGGCUACUCCAUUUCCCUCGUCGCACUCGGCAUAGCAGUCUGGAUUUUUCUCUAUUUCAAGGAUCUCCGAUGUCUGAGGAACACAAUCCAUACUAACCUCAUGUCCACAUACAUGCUGGCGGACUUAUUCUGGAUUCUCACGCUGACCCUCCAGAUAUCGGUGCAGGAAGACACCACUUCAUGCGUCGUCCUUGUUGUUCUGUUGCAUUACUUCCAUCUCACCAACUUUUUUUGGAUGUUCGUAGAAGGCCUGUAUCUCUACAUGCUGGUGGUGGAGACGUUCACAGGAGAAAAUAUAAAACUGCGAGUUUACGUUAUCAUUGGCUGGGGAGCUCCUGUGUUUAUCGUCAUCUUGUGGGCGAUUGUCAAGAGCUUUGCGCCCGCGCCAACUGAACCACAAGUACCAACCAUAGACCCUGGAAUUCUGCGUAACUGCCCGUGGUGGAGUCCCCAUGCGUAUGACUGGAUUUACCAAGGGCCGGCCAUGGGAGUCCUGGCAGUCAACUCUGUCUUCCUCAUCCUGAUUAUGUGGGUUUUGAUUACUAAGUUGCGGGCGACCAACAACGCCGAGACCCAGCAGUACCGCAAAGCCACGAAGGCUCUGCUGGUCUUGAUCCCUCUCCUUGGUAUCACCUACAUUCUCGUCAUUAAAUCUCCCGAAGAGAACGCAGUAUUUUGGAGAGUAAUUUUGUGUGUAUUGUUUGUUCAACAGGGUUUUACCAUAGCACUCUUUUAUUGUUUCCUGAACACGGAAGUCCAGAAUACUGUGCGCCAUCACCUGGAACGCUGGAAGACGGCCCGGAGUUUGGGUGGGAACCGACGUUACACGUAUAGCAGCAAAGACUGGUCCCCUCGCUCCAGAACGGAAAGCAUUCGUUACAGCCCGAUUCGAGAAGUCCUGGCCCAACAGCGUGAGUUCUAUCGUUCACCGUACCUGACCUUCACGUUCGAUGAACCACAAAAUGAUCUCUCUGUAUGUCAGCGGCAAUGUGUAGGACUUCGUGUCUACUCCAGUUCUAGCAGACCCGAGGACCUGCGGCGUCGCUUGCAGAAUCCGGUGCUGGACAGCUGCCUUUACUAUCACGACAGUUCCCUCUGCGAACAAACCAGCGCAAGCAUACUGCACAGAAACUGUAAUAGAAAACUAUCGCGCAUAGUUGAUUCAACUUCGAAAUUUCUUCACUCGCCGUGACGUCGCGGCAACUUCUCCGGCACCUUAGUCAUGCAGGUGGCCUGUUCAACCAUAAUCAGGCGAACUAUCGCCUUGAAUCGUUUCAUAAAAGUAUUUUACUGCUGUAAAUAUUUUUCAAUUUGAUUAUAAAAGUCAGUAUUUUCAUAAAUUGAUAAUCAAUAAUUUUUCCGAAGUAAAAAAGAGAAUUAAAUAAUUUCUUUACUCAGUGUAAUGCCCCAGUGCUUCUGUAACACAGAAGAAACUGCCUUCUAUAGCCAUCAGUUUUAUGUCCAAAACCACACACACACACACACACACACACACACAAUGGCUGUUAAUAGCGAAGGCGUUGUUGAAAUCUUCCAAUUUAAGUUAUACUAUUUUUAAAGUUUCCGUCUGUUAAUGUGGUGUAGUUUGAGAUAUAUGACUCGAAGUGGCCCAGUAGUGGGCGCUUGUAAACACGGUAAUGAACGAAGUUCUUAAAACACGUCGAAUAUGUUGAUCUGUUCACUAAAACACUUCGAAGACAUCCGUGCCAUGGAAUUAGUUGGGCAGUUAAAUGGGUAGCUAAGUGCUUAGUUUUAUGUACUGCAACACUUAUUGUACAAUAAGGCUUAAAAAAUUAUAUAUUCACCUGAACAUCAUUUAUGUGUUGUAUCGGGUUGAUUGACCAAAAUUAAAUUCGAAAGAAACAUGAUAAUGUACUCCCUAGUAUAAAAUAUAAUAGUAUAAAUCGGUUAAUUACUCUCAGAAAUGAAAUUGUAAAUUGAAAUACAGACAUACGAUUGUCACUAUACGUUACUUUAAUACAUGUUUGCGAGUGAUUCAUAAAA